CUGGGAGCGUCCACCCGCCCUCCACCAGUAUGGCGACGUCCUCACAGUACCGCCAGCUGCUGAGUGACUAUGGACCACCGUCUCUAGGCUACACCCAGGGAAGCGGGAACAGCCAGGUGCCCCAAAGCAAAUACGCUGAGCUGCUGGCCAUCAUCGAAGAGCUGGGGAAAGAGAUCAGACCCACCUAUGCGGGGAGCAAGAGCGCGAUGGAGAGACUCAAACGUGGCAUCAUCCACGCAAGAGGACUGGUUCGGGAGUGCUUGGCCGAAACGGAGCGGAACGCCAGAUCCUAACUGCCUUGUUACAGUGGAAGGUUUUCCAGCUUCUUGCAAGACAGAAAGUUACAGUUCAUCUCCCCUGUUCAGAUGAAACUCUUGUUUUCAAAAUGGUAACAGUUUGAUUUCUCCUCCGCAAACCCCUCUCAGGGUUCACUAGGCUCUGAACCUAUGGUCUCUAAGAUUUGAGAAAAGAUUUUGCAGUUGACUAGGAUUUACAUUUUAAAUAGUUAGGAACUACCCAGGUUUUUUUUCUUUUUUUAAGCAUUGGUUCAAAAGAUGCACGUAAGUUACCUGUCUUACAGCAAACUGUAGUUUGCCUCCAAGACACCAGGGUCUCGCUUUCAUCUUCUCUUCUGAAUACGUUUAUGUUACCCAGAUUCUUUGUUCCUUGCACAAGUGACUACAACUCUACGGGAUUUGUUCUCAGCAUUCUGACAGCACGCUUUACUUAGUAGCCGGAUGGCCCCAUUUGCCAGACAGCGUAGAUUCUGCUUAAUGUAACUUCUUUGCUUAAGCAUUUGCAUGACUGUUAGUGCUUUGAAGUCAAUUUAAAAAAUGCACAAGUUAUAAAUACAGAAGAAAGAGCAACCUGCCCAACCUAACAAGGACCCCCGAACAUUUCCCUACUAAGACUGUAAUAGAUUUCAGUUCUGCCUUUCCUGUAAGUGGAUCCAAACAUCGGGAAGAAAAUGACUAAAACUGUUUGCAUCUUUGUAUGUAUUUAUUACUUGAUGUAAUAAAGCUUAUUUUCAUUAACAA